CGUGCUGCGGCCGCGGGGCUGGGACGGGCGGUGCAGCCAAGGGUUAGGCAGCUGGGGCGCGGCGGCGGGGGCCGGCCCCCCUCGUCCCGCCGACUUUAAAUUCUCCCGCACUUGGGCGGCUUUUGCACACUUACCUGCCAGUCUGCCGCGAGUGCCUCGCCGCCCUGCACGCCCAAGGACUCCUGUCCUCUGCUUCAGGCGGAAAAUGCUGUUGUUUGAUUGCAACUCAGAGGUGAGACUCGGAACCUUUUUGUCCCGCAGGCUGAAGCUUCCAGAUGUCUGUCUUCUUGGGAGCGCUGGCGAGGGUGACUGUGGAGUGGCCACUGGGCGCUGCCUCUGCAGAGUUGGGAGGUUUUCAGCCCCAGGAGGGCUGGACAGAGGCAAGACGGGUGCUGGAGCUGCUCUCUUCCCGCAGGUGGAGAAUCUGACGCACCUGCUGGAGGCCGGGGCCUCGGUCAACGCACCCCCGGAUCCCUGCGAGCAGUCGCCUGUGCACUUGGCCGCAGGUGGCGGCCGGGCUUGGUUUCUUCUCUGGCAGCUGCAGACCGGCGCGGACCUCAACCAGCAGGAUGUGUUUGGAGAAGCUCCGCUCCACAAGGCAGCGAAAGUUGGAAGCCUGGAAUGCCUUAGCCUGCUUGUAGCCAGUGAUGCCCAAAUUGAUUUAUGUAAUAAGAAUGGGCAAACAGCUGAAGAUCUUGCUUGGUCAUGUGGAUUUCCAGAAUGUGCCAAGUUCCUUACGGCAAUUAAACGUAUGCAGACAGAAAACCCAAGUGAACGAUCCAAUAGCGAUCACUGUGUUCCGGUGCUCAGGCAGAAACGGAGUUUCGGGAGUGCAGAAAAUACAAGUGGGAAAAGGAAGUGUUGAUGACUUGGCUAUGAGGAGGUGUGAAGAGGCCUUCACUUCGGGCAGAUCUGCUGCUCAGCUACAAGCCAUGGUUUCCGCUCAUCAGGUGUCUAAACUCCUUCUAAGAAGGAGGAGAACUUUCUUCUAAGUGAAGAUAACAUUUAUGAAUGCAUGUAUUUACAUGCCUACAAUAUUGUGGUUGUGCAUACUUUGUCUAUUAAGUUUUUAAAGGAAUGUCUAUAGACUAAAUUCUUUUUUGUGUGUAGUAUUUAUAACCUUUAGGAAAAAAAUCAAGGUUAAACCAUCAAACUACACCCAGGAUUUAUUUGAAAAUUAAACUUAUUUUUUAUUAACAAAUUUAUAAUAAACUUUACUACAGUC